UAUAUGGUUUACCCGUACCUUCGCAGACUUUUGUAGAAAAUUCAUUUUCAUUCUCAAAUCCUUGUUCACAUUAAUUUGCUGCACUUUGAACUAAGAAAAAUCACUUGAAGACUUUAUCAACAUUAAGGGGUAGGUUUUUCGCAACGCCUUCUGCGGUUGUGCAAUCAACCAUUCACUCUGCUUUUUAUUUCCACGCGUUUUCAUUCCUCAACAUCAUUGUUCAAACAGAGAAUGCUGUUUCAAAUUCAAAUGCAUUGGGUAGUUGUGGUUCGCUUUGUAAUUUAUCUCUGUUUUGUGGGGUUUACUGCUGCUUCAAAAUGUGAUCCUGAAAAGUGUGGUUCCCUGAAUGUGAGUUACCCUUUUUGGAUUCACAAUUCUCAUUGUGGAUACCCUGGCUUUCGGAUCAAUUGCACCAAGGAUGAAGAUACUGGAAAUAUGGCUCUAUUUCUUCCUGUCAGUAAUGAUAGUAUUUGGGAAAACAGAACAAGAGCUUAUUAUAAGAUUUGGAAAAUCGAUUAUUCUGGUUACAUUGUCAUUAAUUCCACUUCUCUUAAAGCCUCUUCGUGUGGGCAGGCAGACGGAUUAAUCAAGUGGUUUGCCGCACCCGGGCCUUUCUAUUUUUCUAAGUUCGAUAAAUUUGUAGUUGUUGGUUGCAAUACAACCGGUAGUUACACAUUCGAGGACGGAUGGGGAGAAGCCAAAUGUGUAUCUUCAUGUGCCUCUCGCCCUAGAGUUGAUGCACCAUACUGCCGUUAUGGCUGUUGUGAAAUUACCCUUCCAGAUAAUCAUUGGCGGAUAAAAUUUACGGGCGGAGGUGUGGAUAAUUUUAAUCAAUUCUGUAGCUUCUCCACCAUAAUGGAUCCCUCCACCUUCACUGUAGUCGGCAACAUAACAGACCUCUUUCAGACACAAAGUACAAAGCCUUAUUAUGGUCUCCGCCUAAACUGGGGCAUCGGCAGUCAUAAUUGCUCCACAGCUAAAGGAACUGCCGAUUAUUCUUGCUCAUCUAAUGCAGAAUGCAUUGACUCGCCUUCCGGAGGUGGACACUUAUGCAGAUGCCUUCCUGGUUACGAAGGAAAUGGUUACUCCAAUGGCACAGGUUGCACAGACAUUGACGAAUGCCGCAAUAAAACCUUGAGUAUAUGCGUGGAACCAUCCCAGGGAGGUGUAUGUCAUAAUUUGCAAGGGUCUCACAAUUGUUCAUGUGCAAAGGGUUACACUGGAGAUGACUUGAAAAACGGGUCAAGGUGCGAGUGGGAAAGAUCAAAUAAAUCUGCCAUGUUUGCAGCUAUAGGCUCUGUUUCUUCAUUCGUUGGAGUUUCAUUAGGAGCCUUCGGAUUAGUCUUGUUUCUGAGAAUGCGUCAUCAAAAACAGGCAAGGGAGGAGUAUUUCCGAUGUAAUGGAGGUUUUUUGCUACAAAGAAUCCUUGCAGAAAAGGGAAAACAGACGGAGGAAAAAAUAAAGAUUUUUUCUGAAAAUGAGCUUAAAAGGGCCUCCCAAUGUUAUUCAGAUGACAUGAAGCUUGGUACCGGUGGUUCAAGCACAGUAUACAAAGGGAUCCUGUCAAAUGGUACACCUGUGGCCAUUAAAAAAUUCAAGGAAUUUCCCAUUGGUGUAGAAAGUGAGGAAGCCAUGAAUCAGUUCAUUAACGAGAUCGUGAUUCUCUCGGGUCUUGAUCACAAAAAUGUGGUGAAGUUGGUUGCUUGUUGCCUGCAAACACAAUCUCCUCUUCUUGUAUAUGAAUUCGUUGAUGGGGGAACAAUUUCUCAUCAGCUACAUUCUGGUCGUUUGACUUGGCAGACUCGCCUGCAAAUUGCAAUGGGUAGUGCAAAUGCUUUGACAUAUCUACAUUCAGAAUUAGAUCGCCCCAUUAUCCACAGGGAUGUGAAAUCAACUAAUAUUCUUCUCGACAAAACCAUCACUCCAAAAGUUGCAGAUUUUGGGAUAUCUCGGCUACUGUGUGGGAAUGAUACACAUCUCACUACCAAUAUAAUGGGCACCUGUGGUUACAUGGAUCCUGAAUACUAUGAAACGGGAACAAUAACUGAAAAAAGUGAUGUUUACAGCUUCGGCGUUUUCCUUGCAGAGCUCCUCACAGGUCGAGAUCCCUUGUCUCCUGGAAGACCUCCACAUGAAAUCAUCUUAUCCAAGUUUUUUCUUUCCAAGUGUAAGGAUGACAGCUUGAGUGAUAUUUUGGAUCCAAACGUGAAGAACGAAGAGAACCUGGAUCAGAUGACUGCUGUGGCAAGUCUAGUUAGAGAAUGUCUUUGUCCAGAAGGAAAGGGAAGACCAACCAUGAGAGAGGUGAAGAUGAAGCUAGAGGAGAUUGAAGUUUCCACAAGGCUCACCACAUCAACUUCAUGUUUAAAUGUUCCAAGUUACCACAUUUCAAGUGAGACUCAAAUUGAGUCAACAACUUCUCUCUUUCAGCUCACAGAGAUCUCUAGGAUGCAAGGACGCUGAUCUUGAUUUCGUUUUACAUAUAUUUUGAAGAUUACAUAAACAAAAAAAUUAGUAUGUAGAGUUAUUAUUGGCUUUUAGUAGUAUUGGUGUUUUAUCCCAAGAUUACUUGAUGAAAGUAUUAUUCCAGUUUACUGUUGUGUAUGGGACUCUUCUAGCAGCACGAAACAGUUUGAAGUCUUGAAGCAGCUGUAGUUUGGUAAGGUUAGUUAAGUUUGUUUUGGAUCUUGUGUUGGGUGUUUGACUGAAUGGUCAGCUCCUUUUUUGUUGUUGUUGUUUGUGUGUUUACUUUUGGCAAACAUUGUGUUAUUUGUUUGUUGAAUUUGUGUUGUUUGUAAAGGGUUCACAAUCCCUCUCAAAAUUUGUUUUGAAAUUUGUACAAAUAAAUUUAUGAGAAAAUAAAAAAUGUUUAAUGGAUUUAUUUAA